AUGCUCGUAUCAAAUAGUAGCGAUGAAGAUGAUACCACAGAACCAAUAAAAGAUGAUUGUAUACCACCUAGCCAAGCUGAGAUCAGGAUAGCAAUUAAACGGCUGCAGAAUAAUAAAGUACUCCUUCUCAUUACAGAUACACAUUAUGAUAAUACGACUGUUACAAAAACACCGCUCUUCCCCAGAGAUCUUUUUACAAAAGAACAAUUGGAGAAUGGUGCCGUAAUUUGCCACAUUAUCGGUGUGAUAUAUAUGUUCGUAGCCUUGGCCAUCGUUUGCGAUGAAUUCUUUGUGCCUUCCCUGGAUGUGAUCAUCGAAAAACUAGGCAUUACCGAUGAUGUGGCUGGUGCCACAUUUAUGGCGGCCGGCGGUAGUGCUCCCGAAUUAUUUACAUCGGUUAUUGGCGUAUUCGUGUCAUUCGACGAUGUGGGCAUCGGUACAAUUGUCGGCUCGGCUGUCUUCAAUAUUCUGUUCGUCAUCGGUAUGUGUGCGCUGUUCUCAAGGACGGUGUUAUCGCUGACCUGGUGGCCACUGUUUCGCGAUUGUAGCUUCUACAGUGUUAGCCUGCUGGUGUUGAUAUACUUUUUUCGCGACAACCGUAUCUGGUGGUGGGAGGCGCUUAUACUCUUUUGCAUUUACAUUGGCUAUGUGGGCUUCAUGAAGUGGAACGUGCAGGUGGAGGGCUGUGUUAAGAAGCUGAUAUCGAAAAAUAAGGUGACUCGCGUCAGAAGUACAGAUCAGCUUAUGCCAGCAGGCAAUGCCGCCAAUUCUUCGGAAACAUCAAUGGCCACACAGCCUGGUGGUUCGAUGACAUCGAGAGCUGCAUCGGAAACACGCUCGGGACCGCCCGGUUCCAGUAGUGGUGCUGGCACUACAGGUAAUAGCAGUGGUGGAAAUGCAAGUACUACACAGACUGGUGCAAAAUUUCGUCAUGGCCUAUUGCAGCUUAUGAUUCACACAAUAGAUCCGCUACAUGAUGAUGAUGUUCCAGGCAAGGUGGACGAAAAGGCGACACAACUGCAUGCUAUUGCCUCCCUCAAGGUGCUAUUGGAUGCAACAAAACCGCAACGGGGUGGUGCCACAACAUCGGCUGCCAAUCAUGUGAAAAUCAAUUUGAAGGAGACCACACUGGCUGAUCGUCCCAAUGGCAAUAUUGAUACAACAUUGGACUCGCCAUCGUUAAGUGGUCGUCGUGCGAGCUGGAUAGAUCAAAGGGUCAAAAUUCAAACGCGAAAAUUUAGCAUCAAACAAACCCAAGAAAUCGAAGAUGAACCGGAGCCAUUGAGUAUGGCUUGGCCAGAUACUGCCCGUAAACGUUUAACCUAUAUUUUGGUUGCACCGCUAUUGAUACCCAUGUGGCUAACUUUGCCCGAUACGCGUACACCCAAAGGUAAAAAGCUAUUCCCCAUAACGUUUAUUGGCUCUAUACUAUGGAUAGCAGCCUUUUCGUAUCUAAUGGUAUGGUGGGCCAAUGUUGCCGGUGAUACGGCACGUAUACCGCCUGAGGUUAUGGGUUUAACCUUCUUGGCCGCUGGUACAUCUAUACCCGAUCUGAUAACAUCGGUGAUUGUGGCCCGCAAAGGUUUUGGUGAUAUGGCUGUUUCCAGUUCUGUGGGUAGUAAUAUUUUCGAUGUUACUGUUGGUUUACCUAUUCCUUGGCUACUCUAUGGCAUUAUAUAUGACGCACCCGUUGAGGUGAACUCGGUGGGCAUGGUGUGUUCCAUAACGAUAUUGUUUAUGAUGUUGCUGUUUGUCGUUAUGUCAAUUGCCUGCUUCCGUUGGCGCAUGAACAAAGGUUUAGGUUUUACAAUGUUUUUGUUAUAUUUUGUUUUUGUUGCCGUUUCGUUAAUGUUUGAAUACGAUGUAAUAACAUGUCCAGUGUAAAAUGU